CCCCAGGGUGCCAUGGCUUCGCGGCUCCUGCACCGGCUGCGGCACGCCCUGGCCGGCGACAACCCGGGGGAGGCGGCGACCGGUCCGGAGGCCGAGCAGUUCCCGGAGAGCUCGGAGCUGGAGGAUGACGACGCCGAGGGCCUGUCCUCCCGCCUCAGCGGCACCCUCAGCUUCACCAGCGCCGAGGACGAAGAGGAGGAGGACGACGAGGACGACGGAGAGGUUGGCCCCGACCCGCUGCCCUCCGGGGACGGGGCGUCGGGAGAAGAUGCAGAUGGGAGCUCUCCACCUGAUGGGCAGCGGGGCAGUCAGCCACUGGCAAGGCAGUUGCAGGAUUUCUGGAAGAAGUCCCGGAACACCCUGGUGCCCCAGCGGCUGCUCUUCGAGGUGACCAGCGCCAAUGUGGUCAAGGACCCACCCUCCAAGUACGUGCUCUACACCCUCGCCGUGAUGGGUCCAGGGCCACCCGAUCGCCAGCCAGCCCAGAUCUCUCGCCGCUACUCGGACUUUGAGCGGCUGCAUCGAAACCUGCAGCGACAGUUCCGGGGCCCCAUGGCUGCCAUCUCAUUCCCCCGGAAGCGCCUGCGCCGGAAUUUUACCGCAGAGACCAUCGCCCGCCGGAGCCGGGCCUUCGAGCAGUUUCUGAGCCACCUGCAGGCAGUGCCUGAGCUGCGCCGUGCCCCGGACCUGCAGGACUUCUUUGUGCUGCCCGAGCUGCGGCGGGCGCAGAGCCUCACCUGCACUGGCCUCUAUCAUGAGGCUCUGGCGCUCUGGGCCAAUGCCUGGCAGCUACAGACCCAGCUAGGCACCCCCUUGGGCCCAGACCGCCCACUGCUGACCCUGGCUGGGCUGGCUGUGUGCCACCAGGAGCUGGAGAACCCUGGGGAGGCCCGGGCGUGUUGUGAGAGGGCCUUGCAACUGCUGGGGGACAAGAACCCCCACCCUCUGCUGGCACCCUUUCUGGAAGCCCACGUCCGGCUCUCCUGGCGCCUGGGCCUGGACAAACGCCAAACAGAGGCCCGACUCCAGGCCCUGCAGGAGGCAGGCCUGACCCCCACGCCACCCCCCAGUCUCAAAGAAUUGCUUAUCAAGGAGGAACUGGACUGACUUUGCCUAG